AAAUCCUCAGAACUUACCAAUUAUUAUUUCAUCAACAAUGUUUCAUCUUCUUUUCCUUGUUACUUUGUUUGUACAUGUACAAAGUGUUCCUCAGAAUAGCUCAAUUGUUGAAUAUCUUCCUGGUUUUGAUGGACCUCUUCCUUUUUAUCUUGAGACUGGAUACAUUGGAAUUGGUAAAUCUGAGGAAGUACAACUAUUUUAUUACUUUAUUAAAUCCGAAUCCGACCCGAGAAAAGAUCCGCUCUUGCUAUGGCUAACCGGAGGGCCCGGUUGCUCUUCCUUCACAGGGUUGGCGUACGAAGUAGGUCCAUUGGAUUUUGGCCAAAAGGCAUACAAUGGUAGCCUACCAAUUCUUGUUUCAAGUUCAUAUUCAUGGACCAAGUUCGCGAGCAUACUUUUCUUGGAUCAGCCUGCUAAUACUGGGUUCUCGUACGCAACAACUUCAGAGGCGUGCAAGUGUACUGAUCUACAAGCGUGCGACCAGGCCUAUGAAUUUUUAAGAAAGUGGCUUAUUAAUCAUCCAGAAUUCAUUUUGAACCCUUUCUAUGUUUCUGGGGAUUCAUAUUCAGGCAUUACAGUUCCAGUUAUUGUUCAACUAAUAUCAGAUGGAAUUGAAGCAGGAAAAGAGCCAUUAAUCAACCUUAAGGGCUAUUCACUUGGAAAUCCAGUAACAUUUCCUGAGGAAGACAAUUACCGAAUUCCUUUUUGUCAUGGUAUGGGGCUAAUAUCUGACGAACUUUAUGAGUCGUUGAACGAGUUUUGCAAAGGCGAUUACAUAAACAUAGGUCCUACCAACAAACUAUGUGUUGAAAACUUUAAAAUGUUCAAGAAUCUUGUGAGUGGUAUAAAUGAACAGCAAAUACUAGAGCCUUUCUGUGGAAAAGACUCUAACCGACCACACCAAUUGUCUAGUGAAAGAAGGUCUCUUGAAGAGGAUUUCAUCUUUCAAAAAUACGAUGACCUCAUCUGUCGAGAAAGUCGUGUCGCCACACGCAAGAUUUCCACUUAUUGGGCAAAUGACCCGAGAGUUCAAGAGGCUCUCCAUGUUAGAAAGGGAACUAUAAAAAGACCAUGGCUGAGAUGUAGGAAUAGUAUUGUGUCUACAAGUUACACAAUUACUUUCAUGAAUAGUAUACCGUAUCAUGUAAAUCUUAGUUCAAAAGGUUAUCGAUCACUUAUAUACAGUGGUGAUCACGACAUGGUUGUUCCUUUCCAAUCGACACAAGCAUGGAUAAAGUAUCUAAAUUAUUCAACUAUUGAUGAUUGGCGUCCAUGGAUGGUUGAUGGACAAGUUGCAGGUUACACAAGGUCUUUCUCAAAUCAUAUGACAUACGCAACAGUAAAGGGAGGAGGACACACAGCUCCAGAGGACAAACACAAAGAGAGCUUCCAUAUGUUUAAAAGAUGGAUAGCCCAACAACCUUUGUAAUCUUUUUAGAUAUAUCAUGUCCGUAAUGAAUUAAUAUAUGAAUAUUUCGGAAGAAAAAGAAGAAGAGGGAGAAAAAACCCUUCUACUC